CAGGAUUUAAGUGAGGGGGGGAAGAGAUAAAUGUGGAAAGAGAGGUGGACAGAGCUGAGGAGAAGAUCACACUCUGUCUGAAAGACUGAGACAACUGAAGCUGAGGAAGGUGUGUUUCAGGAUGUGGAGGCUCGUGCUGACUCUCACUCUGUGUUGCUGGAGCUCUGAGGCCACAGUGACCUGCAGAGAUAACAACAAUGGGGAAGUGGACUGGUACAUCUUAUAUAAGGCACCUGGUGAGGAGAUCCCAGAUCCUCAAAAUCCUCGAAUUAAAACAUAUAAAAAGGAGAUGAAGUACCUUUACGUUGAUUCAAGUCACAGCGUGCCCAUGGUACCCGGCACAACCAACUAUAAGAACCUCAUUGAGCCUUCCGGUGCCUUGGCCAACACAUUGAGGCCAAUCUUGAAGUCAGUUAGAGACAUGCCACAAAACUUUGGUUUCAUCAGCUACAGUGAUCAGCCUCCAGGAUGUAGUGCACACACUGACAAGUUUGGCCACAGCAAAGGGGUUCUGAUGUUGGAACACAACAGCUUUGGGGUCUGGCUCUUACACAGCACACCACAGUUUCCCUUCAGGAGAGACCAAAACAAUUUCUGGCCUGAGAGUGGAUUUAAAAAUGCUCAGAUAUUCAUCUGUGUGACUUUCCACUACAAUCAGUUCCAUCACAUUGGCACACAUCUGCAGCACAUCGGAGCUUUUCCAUUCGACCAUGAUAUUCCAGAAGACUUUCAUCGAGAGCUCAAAGACGCAACAAAAUGGGUACAAACUGCCCCAGUCACAACCUUCCAAAUGCUGACAUCAAGAGGACGUCAGAACUUCUACAGCAUUUCUAAACAACAGGAUUCACACUUAACAGUUGGAGACCUGUACUUCACCAUUGCCCAGGAAACCGACAGUGAUGUUGCUGUGCAGACCUGGGGCUGCCAGGCUGGAGGGGUAUCUUCCUACUGUCUAGACCCCAAACAUAAAGUGUACAGAGUUAAAAAUAUAAAUACAAAUACUCCAGUGGGUAGUUGGAUGCCUUCAAAGGACCAUUCAAAGUGGUGUGUGACCAAAAACCAAGGAAAACACUGGACCUGUAUAGGUGAUGUAAACAGGGCUGAAACCCAGUAUCAGAGACGAGGUGGGGCGCUUUGCAUUAACAACGAAAGACUAAGAAAUAUGUUUCUGGGUUUUGCUGGGGUGACUGAGGACUGUCCACCUACUACACGUCAUGGAUUUCACAUCAUGGACAUCGACCCUGACUGUGGGCCAAGCCCUGAGUACAACACUGACACCCUCAUGGGCUGAAUACAGCUCAACGUCACGGUGGAUUUUAUCUGUCCUACUUUUUAAUAAAACACAGAAGGAAAAUAAAUAAGUGAUAAGUGCUGGUUAAUCCUCACAACGUGCCUGUUGCUGAGAAGUGUCACAUUAUGAUAAACAAAAAAGUAGUUACUGUUCUCCAUAAUCACCCAUUUUAUUAUGUGAGAACGAGGUUCUUUGUGAUGGAUAAAAUAAAUUAA